CAUCCAUCCAUCUCCUCCCACCUCUCCCUAACCUGUGCUGGUCGCAACACCCACCCGCACUUUGCGAUUUAACUCUCUUCAACCCGUCCAGCUUUCGACCUCCCUACUAUUACCCCGCCAACAUGGAGUCCAACGCGGACCGCGACGAGGUCGUCUCUCAGUUCUGUACCAUGACCGGAACGGCUCCCGACGAGGCCCAAGAAUACCUGGCCGCCAACGGAUGGGAUCUUGAGGCAGCAGUGACAGAAUUCUUCGCCGAACAAGAUGAAGCCACGCAGCCCCCCAGCGCGGAGGGUCAACGUCUGGGCACCGACUCCGCCCCGCUGGCGGGCAGCUCCUCGCACUCCCAUUCCACCACCCCGCAGCCCUCCUCCCGUAGAUCCGCCCCGAAGAAGGGCAUCACGACCCUGGGUGACUUUGCAUCGGGCGGCGGCGAAUCGUCGGAAGAGGACGACACAGAGAACCAGGACCUAUUCGCUGGAGGAGAGAAGUCCGGCUUGGCCGUGCAGAACCCCGAUGAUAUCAAGAAGAAGAUCAUUGAGAAGGCGAGAAAAACUCAGCCCCCGCCAUCGGACGAACCCUCCCGGAGGUCCUUCUUCACUGGCACGGCGCGUACGCUCGGUGGUGACGAUGCCCCGAGCCGGGUGGUGGAUGCCCCCAGUGCGCCUGCCCCGCAAGUGCCGCAGCGAGUGCUCCGAAGACUCCAUUUCUGGACCGAUGGCUUCUCCGUCGAUGACGGCGAUCUCUACCACAACGAAGACCCCCGGAACGCUGAGAUCCUCGAGGGUAUCCGACAGGGUCGCGCCCCGCUUUCUAUCAUGAACGUGCUGCCUAACCAGGAGGUCGACGUCGAGAUCAAACAACAUGACGAGAAGUACGUGAAGCCGAAGCCCAAAUACAAGCCCUUCUCCGGCGCUGGGCAGCGACUGGGCAGCCCCACGCCUGGGGUAAGCGCGCCUGCUCCAGCGGCUGCGCCCGCGCCCGCGGCCAGCCAGGCCGGUGAGCCCACCAAGCCGGACGUCGACGACUCGCAGCCGACCGUGACUCUACAGAUCCGACUUGGAGACGGCACCCGACUCUCGUCGCGGUUCAACACGUCACACACGAUCGGGGACGUGUAUCAGUUUGUGUCUGCAGCCAGCCCCAAUAGCCAGGCGCGCCCCUGGGUGUUGAUGACUACGUUCCCGAGCAAGGAUCUCACGGACAAGAGCGCUGUGUUGGGGGAUAUGGCGGAGUUCAAGCGCGGCGGCGUGAUGGUCCUCUCCGGCAAAGGCGGCGUCGGCAAAUCCUCCGUGACGCUACAACUCGCGCUGGCCCUGACUCUCCAAGGCAAAUCCGUCGGCAUCCUAGACAUCGACCUGACCGGGCCCUCCAUGCCACGACUCGUCGGUCUCGAAGACGCAAAAAUCACCCAGGCACCGGGCGGCUGGCUCCCAGUGCCUGUGCAUCCCUCCACCACCACACCCUCACCUUCCUCCCCCACGACGAACCCUACCCCCACCACCCCCGCCGACCCAACCACAACAACACCCACACCCACAAGUACCCCCCGCGGCUCCCUCCGCUGCAUGUCCCUAGGCUUCCUCCUGCGCGACCGCGGCGACGCCGUCAUCUGGCGCGGGCCCAAAAAAACCGCCAUGAUCCGCCAAUUCAUCUCCGACGUGAUGUGGGGCGAGACCGACUACCUACUUGUUGAUACGCCCCCGGGCACAAGUGACGAGCAUAUCGCGCUGGCGGAGCAACUGCUCACUCUCUGCUCAGUCAACCCCAACCUCAACCCCAACACUACUACUACCGGUGGUGGUAACCGUCCCCGCCUUGCCGGCGCCAUCCUGGUAACGACCCCCCAAGCGAUCGCCACGAGCGACGUGCGCAAGGAAGUGAACUUUUGCGUCAAGACGCGCAUCCCCACGCUGGGCGUCAUCGAGAAUAUGUCCGGGUAUACGUGUCCGUGCUGCGGGGAGGUGACGAAUUUGUUUUCCAGCGGGGGCGGGCAGGUCAUGGCGGAGGAGAUGGGGGUGAGGUUUUUGGGAAAGGUGCCGGUGGAUGUUAAGUUUGGGGAGUUGGUGGAGGGGAGGGUGGAUUAUCAUGAUAGUGAGGAUGAGGAUGGGAAUGGUGAUGGGAAGGAGGAGGUUGAGGAUGAUGAUAGGUUGCUGGUGGAGAAGUAUCAGGAUUGCUGGUCGUAUGGGCGGUUUGAGGAGUUUGCAAAGGGGUUGAUUGCGGAGAUAGAGGGGUGAUGUGAUGGGAUAUGAUGUGCACAUGCAUGUGCAUGGGGUUGGUAUAUAGUGUUGGGUUGGUUGUGUUUGCAUUAUCAUGGGCGUCUUGGGCAUUUUUUACACGGUGAUACGAUACGAUAUCAUGGCCACAGCUACAAUGAAAAGAAAAGUGUUC